GUCGCAUCACAAAGGUCCGCAAAAUAAUGGAGGAAGAUAUUAUCAGCAGCAGGAACAGUGUGGCAAGGAAAGUAAAUCUGAAAAUAGUUGAUCAAAACAUGGAAGAGGUAGGCGCCUUGAUCACUGACAGAUAGAGGCUGCUCGACGUGUCCUGUCCCGCAGUACCGCCGCCGCCGCCGCCGCCACCGCUGCUGCUGCUGCUGCUCGCCGCGGUAGGCUCUGUAGCCUGCGAUGAUGAGGCCAUAUAGCAAAGGAGCCCCAGUGGACGGACGAGAAAGGAGACAGUCCAAAUUUGGCCGUCAUCCAAAAAAGGCAUGAAGACCCCUAAGUCGGCAUCAGUCCGACAUCAUCGUCGAUAUAAACAAAGCUCGCCCUCAUCCUUCUUGCUUCAUCGCCAUCAUGUCCUCCUCCCUGGAUCUACCUGCCUCCCUCGACCUCCCGCCUCACCUCAGUGCUCACAAGUAUUUCUUCGUCUGUACACUCACCGUCGCCGCUUGGGACACUCUCGUCUUGUCACCCAGAACGUGGAAGCUCUUCCGAACACCAGAAUGGCCGGUCCUCAAAAUUCUUUUCCAUUUCAUGCGCCUAUUCAUGCCUAUUGAAUUUACUAUUGUCGGCGUUGCUUUCUUCGAUACCAAUUUCUCUACAUCCUCCUGUGAAAAAUUCUACCUCUUUGAGCCCAUCUGCACUGCUAUACUUCUCGCCGCCGCUUCAGCUGUCCAUGUCCUCCGGAUCCAGGCCAUCUAUGAGAAGAGUCGCGCCGUGCUCUUUGGAAUGGGAGCCCUGUUUGCCAUGCAAGUCAUCGUAACCGCCGUGUGCUGCGGUUUCUACCGCGCCGUCCCUCUUGAACCAGGUCAAGGUUGUAUUGCUGGUAUCAAGCACAACUGGGUUGGAAUCUACUGGGUCUUUCCAACGCUUCUCUACACCGUCUCUUUGGCGUUGGCUUUGUUACGCUCGGUGAAAUCACUACAGGCGAAACCACUUAGCCCGUGGCGGUUGAUGCUCCGUGAUGGUCUUAACCUGUAUGGUGCCAUUUGGAUCGUCAAUAUGACCAACAUGCUCUUCUUGUUCAUCAUGAAGCCCACUGGUGAGAAUGAUCCCGUCAAAACAAUUAUUACGAGCAUGGCCGCUGUACUAACCACCUCCAUGACUCUACGCAUUAUUCUUAAUGUUCGGGGAACACUCCACCAGGGAGGCACCUUUGUCAUGGGUUCCACAACUCACACAUCAUCGCGGACUACGCAUGUUAUCUCUACGCGAUCCGGUGUUCCCACGAACAUUUCACGCGCCCCUCACACGUAUACCUUGGAUGAACUGCGUACUAAACCCGAGGGAGAAUGGACCGACAGCGACAACAGGUCCAGUGUCAAAGAAAAUAAAGAGUCCUUGAUCAACUCCCAAACUCCCGCCGUUAAGGAUGACGGCAAUGUUGGAGUAAAAAUCACGGUCGAUAGGGAGGUUGGAUAUGAUAUGCAUGCUCACGCCAAGUAAGCGUAUACUAGGGAGAAGAGAACAAUAAGAUGGGUGGAUCCAUUUUUUUUUAUCUAGUACAUGCUAUUUUGCUGUCAUCUGCUUUGCUUCAGCUACGUGUAUUCUGCUCGAUUAUUUGUUAAUUGUGUAACGCCCCGCGAUUUAACUUAUCCGUCUUGACUGUAGAAAAUGCCGAAGAUAUACUUGAAGCGACCAGCACAUAAAAGCGGCAGAAAAUCAAAGGAUCCACAUUUUCACCUUCUCUAUGUCUGCUCGCCUCAUUAUUACUGACCGUUAUGCACCAUCAAGAAGACGGUCAUUUUUGUAUAG